CACUCCCAUCGCACUGCCUCCUGCCUCCUCGGCUCCAUCGGCCCAUCACAGUCUUCUGACGUGCACCUAGGGGAGCAGGCCAUCAGCUGUCCACCUUCCAUUCUGGGGGUAUGGAAACUACCCAAGUCCCCUGGGUUUGGCUGUUCCCUCCUCCCAGUGCUCCCCACCAGCGGGAGGGUGUCCCUUCUUGUUGACACAGCUUUGCACUUGCUCCUGCCUCGGGUGGGGAGAUGGGUGGAGUCUGCAGAUGCAAUUAUUUCAAGCUUCCAAGAGGCUUAUUUGGCCACUGACACAGCCUCUUCUUGGCUGGGUGCAGGGGUAGGGCUGGGUGUAAGGCAGCCUGGGGUAUGGUGUCACGGAGAGGUCAGGAAAGACAUUUCAGAUCUGAUAACUGUUCACAGUCUCUGCUGGGAGCCCUGACACCUGCCUUCCCCAGGAGAAGCAGGAGGCUAUUGGGAGUGACUCCUGGGCUGAGUUAAGGUGUCACUUGAGGUUACGCUGUGAGGAACCCCCAAGGAUGGGGUAAGACAUGGGGGUGGGAGGAUCAGGAGCGGCUCCAGAUGCCUGAGGUGAGCAGCAGGUUGUUUUUGAGGUUAGCCAGCCCCUUCCCCUCACUUUGACAAGAAGAGAAGCACUUUUCUGUGUGUGUGUAUGGGGGAGGGGGGUGUGCGUGUUUGUGUCUGUCUGAGGCAAACUAGGCAGCUCUUGGCCCCCAGCCCCUGAGCAGGCAGCCCCUCCACUCACUGGUAGCCUGGCCCUCGCAGAGGAGGCCCCUUGUCACCAUGGCCACUCUGGAGCCCCCGUCUCGCCAGAUUGGCACAGAGCUGGGUCAGAGUCCACAGCAGUGACUCUGCAGUUCUCCUUGCCCUAGAUCUGUCCCUGUGGCAGGGUUUACCCUGGAAUCCCCAGAGGCCCAACCACACCAGCUCAGCCCACCCCAGCACACUCUUCUCAAUGACUGCUGAUAACAGAGGGGUCGAGUGUCCUUAAAUCAUUUACUUUUUACCUAAAUGAAUUCUGGAACCUCGUGGGGUUUGGGCCAAUAGAUUUAUCUUCCCCAGAGGUAACAUGACAUAAUGGAAAGAGCACGAAGCUUGGCCUCAGAUAAACUUGGGUUGGAUCCCUAACUUAGCUACUUCUUAGCUGCAUGACCUGGGGCAAAUUACUAAGGUUUACAGACUAUAGUUUUUUCUUUACAGAUAAGGAUAAAAAUACCCAUAUUGCAGUUGACGUGAAGAUUCAAUGAGAUGAUAUGUCACGCUUGGCCCACAGUAGAUAGUCAGUCAGUGGCAGCUGUUUAUGAUGUGAUUCCCAGCUUGUGCUUUGCUAGGGUGAAAGCUCCUUUGCACAAAUACCAAUUAAGCUCUUACUGUGAGCAGUGCCUUUGACAACACGUAUGGAAUUGGACUGCAUCACAAGGCCCUGUCUAAGGGCUGAGGCCUCUGCAGGCCAACAGGACCCCAGGACCCUGGGACUGUUGGGAGCUCAGGGAGGUAGAGACGCCAUGCCACAAGGCAGAGUGUGACAGUGCCGUCAAAGAACCCAGGGGACAGUGUGGGGAGGCCAUAAGAGAAGGAUGGAAACAACAUUGCAACUGGGCCUUAAUGGAUGGAUGGAAGAUUUUUUUGAGAUGGAGUUUCACUCUUGUUGCCCAGGCUGGAGUGCAAUGGCACGAUCUCGGCUCACCGCAACCUCUGCCUCCCGGGUUCAAGCGAUUCUUCUGCCUCAGCCUCCCGAGUAGCUGAGAUUACAGGCAUGCGCCACCACGUCCAGCUAAUUUUCUAUUUUUAGUAGAGACGGGAUUUCUCCAUGUUGGUCAGGCUGGUCUGGAACUCCUGACAUCAGGUGACCCACCCGCCUCGGCCUCCCAAAGUGCUGGGAUUACAGGCAUGAGCCACCAUGCCCGGCAGGAUGGGAGAUUUUAAGAGUGGAAUGGGGACUGGGGCGGAGGGAUUCCCUGUGGAAAGAACAGCAUGAGCAAAGAUCCAAGGGCAAGGAAGCCCAGAGAGCAGCAAGCUGUGCAGCUUGGCUGGAGCAAAGGACGUGUGAAGGGACAGUGAGGGAGAUGGUGGCAUGGGAAGAGCUGGCCAGCCAGGCCCGGAAUGCCUGCAGAGGAGUUCACACUUGUUUCCAUGGGCAGUGGGCAGGCAUAGGAGGCUUUCGAGCACAAAAAUGCUUUAGAAAAGAAAAUGAGGCCAAGCACAGUAGCUCACGCCUAUAAUUCCAACAUUUUGGAGGCUGAAGAGGGAGAAUCAACUUGGGCCCAGGAGUUCAAGACCAGUCUAGGCAACAUAGCAAGACACCAUCUGUAGAAAAAAAAAAAUUUUUUUUAAUUAGCCAGGCAUGGUGACAUGCGCCUGUAGUCCUAGCUACUCAGGAGGCUGGGGCAAGAGGAUUGCUUGAGCCCAGGGGAUCUAGGCUGCAGUGAGCUACAGUCGUGCCACUGCAUUCCAGCCUGAGUGACAGAGGCAAAACCCUGUCUCAAAAAAAAAAAAAAAAAAAAACUCAUCUCAUUGUUAGAGUUUAUAGUUUAAAGAAAAAAAAAGAUGCUUUAGGUUGUCUUGUGCACAGGAGAUUGAAAGACCACCAAACCAGGUCAAGGAGACUGCAUGAGAUGCUGAGCAGUGCAGGCCAGAGGCAGGAAGAACUGGGCUGGAGGCGCUGCUGCAGUUGGCCAUAGGUUGUGGGGUAGGGGGGCUUGAGGGGCGCUGCAGAGACAGGGUUUAAAGGCUGUGAAGAAUGAGGGAGAGGGAGGAGUUAAAGCUGACUUGUAUCUAGCCACAAGAUGCCCAGGAGAAGGAAAUUACAUUCUCAGGGACUGAGAAUGAUUAAAUCCUUCCUUUUCAGUCCUCAGAGUAGAUGUUCCACAUGAGACCAGGUGGGGGAGACCAAAAUAUUAUAACUCCCUGCCAUCUCUUUUCUAAGACCAUCUAUCUCAGCUGUCGCUAUGAUCCUCAGAUCCCAGGUGGUCAGAACAGGAAGAGACCUUUGCGGUAACCCUCUUUGUGAGAGGAGAGGAAGCCCCACAGAAAAGUAAAGCAGGCCUGGAGCUAAGAAAGGCACCCUGAGUUAGACUUGCUGUGGCCCUCUGGACCUGGGACAUUCAUGUUUCUCCAAAGCCCUCUGACCAGUCUCACUCUGAGACCCCAGAUCUGCCUGUGCUGUGGUCUCCUGAGGCUUCUCUUACUGAUCCCACUCACUCCACUCCAGCCACCAUCAGAGCCACCAGCCUCCCCCUCCCUGAGCUCCACUGAGAGACCGGCUGCCCCGCUGCCUCUGGGGCACUGUGCUGGGCAAAGAGAGGUAUGUUGGGAGCAGCGGCUGAGGCCAGGAGGCCCAGGCCCCCCAGCCGCCCCACCCCCAGCGCUGGAUGCCCUAUCCCCAUUCCUUCGGAAGAAGGCCCAGAUUCUGGAGGUGCUGAGAGCCCUGGAAGAGACUGACCCCUUGCUUCUCUGCUCACCUGCCACCCCCUGGCGGCCUCCAGGCCAGGGGCCUGGCUCCCCAGAGCCCAUCAAUGGCGAGCUGUGUGGCCCGCCUCAGCCUGAACCCUCACCCUGGGCGCCCUGCCUGCUGCUAGGCCCUGGCAACCUGGGAGGCCUGCUGCACUGGGAGCGCCUCUUGGGGGGUCCGGGAGGGGAAGAGGGCACUGGGCGGCCCUGGGGUCCUAGCAGGGGACCUCCUCAGGUCCAGGGCACCAGCUCUGGCCCAAACUGUGCCCCAGGCAGCAGCUCCUCCUCUUCUUCUGAUGAGGCAGGUUACCCCAAUGAGGCACCCAGCCCCGACACCCUGCUCGGUGCCCUGGCCCGCAGACAGUUGAACCUGGGCCAGCUCCUUGAGGACACAGAGUCUUACCUACAGGCCUUCCUGGCUGGGGCUACAGGCCCACUCAACGGGGACCACCCAGGUCCCGGGCAGCCAUCCUCCCCAGACCAGGCGCCCCCACAGCUGUCUAAGUCCAAAGGCCUCCCCAAGUCAGCUUGGGGUGGGGGCACCCCAGAGGCCCACAGGCCAGGCUUCGGUGCUACCUCAGAGGGCCAGGGGCCCCUUCCUUUCCUUAGCAUGUUCAUGGGUGCUGGGGAUGCCCCACUGGGCUCUCGGCCUGGCCACCCCCAUUCCUCAUCUCAGGUGAAAAGCAAGCUCCAAAUUGGCCCCCCUUCUCCUGGGGAAGCUCAAGGACCCCUUCUGCCCUCUCCAGCUAGGGGUCUCAAGUUUCUAAAGCUGCCUCCAACCUCGGAGAAGAGCCCUAGCCCAGGAGGCCCGCAGCUCAGUCCCCAGCUCCCCCGGAACUCGCGAAUCCCCUGUCGGAACAGUGGCUCAGACGGCAGCCCUUCCCCACUGUUGCCCCGAAGGGGUCUGGGUGGAGGAGAGCUGUCCCCAGAGGGGGCUCAAGGCCUGCCCACCAGCCCUUCACCCUGCUACACAACCCCAGACUCCGCACAGCUCAGACCCCUGCAGUCAGCCUUGUCCACCACGCUGUCCCCAGGCCCAGUGGUGUCUCCCUGCUAUGAGAACAUCCUGGACCUUUCUCGGAGCACCUUUAGGGGGCCUUCCCCAGAGCCACCUCCAUCCCCACUGCAGGUGCCCACCUACCCACAGCUAACUCUGGAGGUACCACAGGCCCCUGAGGUCCUCAGAAGCCCUGGAGUCCCCCCCAGCCCUUGCCCCGCAGAAUCGUACCCCUAUGGGAGCCCCCAGGAGAAGAGUUUGGACAAGGCAGGCUCGGAGUCUCCCCAUCCUGGCCGCAGGACCCCAGGCAACUCAUCCAAGAAGCCCAGCCAGGGGUCAGGACGGCGACCUGGGGAUCCUGGCAGCACACCUCUGCGGGACAGACUGGCGGCCCUGGGGAAGCUGAAGACAGGCCCCGAGGGGGCCCUGGGCCCAGAGAAGAAUGGGGUGCCAGCCAGGCCUGGCACCGAAAAGACCCGGGGACCUGGGAAGUCAGGGGAGAGUGCUGGAGACAUGGUGCCCUCCAUCCACAGGCCACCGGAGCAGCUAGAAGCCAAGGGGGGGAUACGGGGGGCAGUGGCCUUGGGCACAAACAGCCUGAAGCAGCAGGAACCUGGACUCAUGGGGGAUCCUGGGGCCCGAGUCUACUCCUCUCACUCCAUGGGGGCCCGGGUGGACCUGGAGCCUGUCUCACCAAGGAGCUGCCUCACCAAAGUAGAGCUGGCCAAGAGCCGGCUGGCAGGGGCCCUGUGCCCCCAGGUACCCCGUACCCCUGCCAAAGUGCCAACCUCAGCCCCAAGCCUGGGCAAGCCCAAUAAGAGCCCUCACAGCAGCCCCACCAAGCUCCCUUCCAAGUCACCCACCAAGGUGGUGCCUCGACCUGGGGCUCCCCCAGUCACCAAGGAGUCCCCCAAGCCUGACAAAGGGAAGGGCCCUCCCUGGGCAGACUGUGGUAGUACCACGGCCCGGUCCACACCCCUAGUACCUGGCCCCACUGACCCAAGCCAGGGCCCUGAGGGGCUGGCCCCACACUCAGCCAUCGAGGAGAAGGUGAUGAAGGGUAUUGAGGAGAACGUGCUGCGGCUCCAGGGCCAGGAGCGAGCCCCCGGCGCCGAGGUCAAGCACCGCAACACCAGCAGCAUCGCCAGCUGGUUCGGCCUUAAGAAGAGCAAGCUGCCAGCGCUGAACCGCCGCACGGAGGCCACCAAGAACAAGGAGGGGGCUGGUGGGGGCUCCCCGCUCCGGAGGGAAGUCAAGAUGGAAGCCCGGAAGCUGGAGGCCGAGAGCCUCAACAUCUCCAAGCUGAUGGCCAAGGCGGAAGACCUGCGUCGGGCACUGGAAGAGGAGAAGGCCUACCUAAGCAGCAGGGCCCGGCCACGGCCUGGUGGCCCAGCCCCAGGGCCCAACACGGGGCUGGGGCAGGUGCAGGGCCAGCUGGCUGGCAUGUACCAAGGUGCAGACACCUUCAUGCAGCAGCUGCUAAACAGGGUGGAUGGCAAGGAGCUGCCAUCCAAGAGCUGGCGGGAGCCCAAGCCUGAGUACGGGGAUUUCCAGCCGGUGUCUUCUGAUCCCAAGAGCCCCUGGCCAGCCUGUGGGCCCCGGAAUGGUCUGGUGGGCCCUCUUCAGGGCUGUGGAAAACCUCCUGGAAAGCCGAGCAGCGAGCCAGGGAGGCGGGAAGAGAUGCCUUCGGAGGACAGCCUGGCCGAGCCAGUGCCCACCUCACACUUCACAGCCUGUGGCUCCUUGACUCGAACCUUGGACAGUGGCAUUGGGACCUUCCCACCCCCAGACCAUGGUAGCAGUGGGACCCCCAGCAAGAAUCUUCCUAAGACCAAGCCACCGCGGCUGGAUCCCCAACCUGGGGUACCCCCAGCUCGGCCCCCACCCCUUACCAAGGUUCCCCGCCGCGCCCACACGCUGGAGCGGGAAGUGCCAGGCAUAGAGGAGCUGCUGGUGAGUGGGCGGCACCCCAGCAUGCCAGCCUUCCCUGCACUGCUACCCGCUGCUCCGGGCCACCGGGGCCAUGAGACCUGUCCUGAUGAUCCCUGUGAAGACCCAGGCCCCACCCCUCCUGUCCAGCUGGCCAAGAACUGGACCUUCCCCAAUACUAGGGCAGCCGGCAGCUCCUCGGACCCUUUCAUGUGCCCACCCCGACAAUUGGAGGGGCUGCCCAGGACCCCCAUGGCCCUGCCCGUGGACCGGAAGCGAAGCCAGGAGCCCAGCCGCCCGUCCCCUACGCCCCAGGGCCCACCUUUCGGGGGUAGCCGCACCCCCAGCACUUCGGACAUGGCCGAGGAAGGCAGAGUGGCCAGUGGGGGCCCCCCAGGGCUGGAGACCUCAGAGUCUCUCAGUGACUCGCUCUACGACUCGCUCUCCUCCUGUGGGAGUCAGGGCUGAGGGGCUGCGCCACGCCACAGCCCCGCUGGAGUUGGGGACCACAGACUGGACCGGCUCUCUUCAUGCCCAGCCCCCGGAGACGGGGGCCCCUCCCUGAAGGAACCAAGGAGGCAGGUGGAUAAGAAGGUGAAAAGGGGGUCCCUGGCACACCCCACCACCCACUGCUACUGCGGAUGAGAUGACCGUGCUCAGCUCAGGGAGAGACCCCGCCCUUGGUCCCUUCUCUCACCCAGAGUAAGGCUCUUCCUUGAAGGGACUGCGGGUUUAAGGCCACUGUGUCGCAGCCCCCCAGCCCCUACUUCAGGCUGAGCCAUCUUGUGGUGCUGGGCUUCCUGCCCACCAGCCGUGCCAUCUCUGCCCAACCCGGCUGCUCCUCUGCCCCAAAGCCCUCGAGAGGCCCUCCUGGAGGCCCCCAUGCUGGUGGAGUUUGGGGGCCAGGGGGACAAGUUGCCUUCUCUCUCUGCCCUGGUCCUCCCUGCUGUCUGGAUGGUGCUGCCCUCCCCUGCCCCAUGCCUUUGGGGUCUAUUUGUCCGUCUUUUUUGUUGUUGUUUUUAUAUAUUGAAGCACCUGGCCCAGCCCCCAGCCCCACACUGCGGUUAAUUUAUCUGUUGUUUAAAAUGCGGCUGCUCUGCUUCCUGCCUCUGCUUCUGCCGUAUCCCUAAUAAAAUGUGGAGGCCCCCUC